GAAAUUCAACAAAGGCAUGGUCUGGCCAAUUCCAUUUCCUCAUACUUAAUCAAACCUGUCCAGAGGAUUACAAAAUAUCAACUUUUAUUGAAGGAACUUUUAACAUGCUGUGAAGAAGGAAAAGGAGAGCUCAAGGAUGGUUUGGAAGUGAUGCUCAGUGUCCCUAAGAAAGCCAAUGAUGCGAUGCACGUAAGCAUGCUGGAAGGAUUUGAUGAAAAUUUGGAUGUUCAGGGAGAACUGAUUCUUCAAGAUUCAUUCCAAGUAUGGGACCCCAAAUCUCUCAUCCGGAAGGGCCGUGAGAGACAUUUGUUUCUUUUUGAAAUCUCUCUAGUUUUCAGCAAAGAAAUAAAAGAUUCUACAGGACACACAAAAUAUGUUUACAAGAACAAAUUACUGACCUCAGAACUGGGAGUAACAGAGCACGUGGAAGGAGAUCCAUGCAAGUUUGCCUUGUGGUCUGGACGGACUCCCUCCUCAGAUAACAAAACAGUACUAAAAGCAACGAGUAUUGAAACUAAACAAGAAUGGAUUAAAAACAUUCGAGAAGUGAUACAGGAAAGAAUUAUACAUUUAAAAGGAGCUUUGAAAGAACCAAUCCAGCUUCCCAAAACCCCAGCAAAGCAAAGAAACAACAGUAAGAGAGAGGGAGGAGAAGAUGCUGACAGCCAAGGGGACGGGAGUAGUCAGCCUGACACAAUUUCAAUUGCAUCCAGAACUUCUCAGAAUACAGUAGACAGUGACAAGCUGUCUGGAGGAUGUGAACUAACGGUGGUGCUGCAAGACUUUGUUGCCAGUCAUAGCAGCGAACUGAGCAUCCAGGUGGGACAGACUGUGGAGUUACUCGAAAGACCAAGUGAACGGCCAGGCUGGUGUCUGGUACGGACCACGGAACGGAGCCCACCUCAGGAAGGUCUGGUUCCCAGCAGUGCUCUCUGCGUCUCCCAUUCCCGGAGCAGUGUAGAAAUGGACUGCUUCUUCCCAUCAGGAAAAGAUACCUAUUCCACCUCCUCCAAUGAAAAUGGAGCAAAAUCUGAUUCUGUGGCCAAUUUACAGCCUCACUCGUCCCUUAAUUCCAUCCAGAGCUCCCCUGGUCCAAAGCGUUCAACCAACACCCUGAAAAAAUGGCUAACAAGCCCUGUACGUCGACUGAACAGCGGGAAGGCUGACAGCAACAUCAAAAAACAGAAGAAAGUACGUGAAGGAAGGAAGAGCUUUGAUUUAGGUUCCCCCAAGCCUGGAGAUGAAACCACCCCUCAGGGAGACAGUGCCGAUGAGAAGAGCAAGAAAGGUUGGGGAGAAGAUGAGCCAGAUGAAGAAUCUCAUACACCACUUCCUCCGCCAAUGAAGAUUUUUGAUAAUGAUCCUACACAAGAUGAGAUGUCUUCCUCUUUGCUAGCUUCUCGACAGACCAGCUCUGAUGUUCCAACUGCUGCGGAUCUUGUCAGUGCAAUAGAAAAAUUGGUCAAAAGCAAGCUGACAUUAGAAGGAGGCUCAUACCGAGGAAGCUUAAAAGAUAGUACUGGAUGCUUGAAUGAAAGUGUGACACCUUCAACUCCUCCUUCAAGAAACCUUGAAGAGGAACAAAAAGCCAAAGCUAUGAGAGGCAGGAUGUUUGUUCUAAAUGAACUGGUACAAACAGAGAAAGACUAUGUCAAAGACUUAGGAACUGUGGUGGAGGGAUUCAUGAAAAGAAUAGAAGAAAAAGGUGUUCCUGAAGAUAUGAAAGGGAAAGACAAGAUUGUAUUUGGAAACAUUCACCAGAUCUAUGAUUGGCACAAAGAUUUUUUUCUUGCUGAACUGGAAAAGUGCCUUCAGGAACAUGACCGUUUAGCACAGCUCUUCAUCAAACACGAGAGACGAUUACACAUGUACGUGGUGUACUGUCAAAACAAACCAAAAUCAGAAUAUAUAGUAGCUGAAUGUGGUACAUAUUUUGAGGAGGUGCAACAAGAAAUAAAUCAGCGGUUAACUCUCAGCGACUUCUUAAUCAAGCCCAUUCAAAGAAUUACCAAGUACCAGUUGCUUCUCAAGGAUUUCCUGAAAUACAGCGAAAAGGCUGGAUUGGAGUGCUCAGAGACAGAGAAAGCUGUAGAGCUGAUGUGCCUUGUUCCUAAGCGCUGCAAUGACAUGAUGAAUCUGGGACGCCUGCAGGGCUUUGAGGGCAAGCUGGCAGCCCAAGGGAAAUUGUUGCAACAGGAUACGUUCUAUGUCACAGAGCAGGACUCUGGAGGGUUGUCUCGGCCAAAGGAACGCAGAGUUUUCCUCUUUGAGCAAAUAGUCAUCUUUAGUGAACUACUUAGGAAAGGCUCUUUAACACCUGGGUACCUGUUUAAGCGGAGCAUAAAGAUGACAUACCUAAUACUUGAGGAGAAUGUGGACAACGAUCCUUGUAAAUUUGCUCUCAUGAAUCGGGAAACAUCAGAAAGGUUCAUUUUGCAGUCUGCCAAUCCUGAAAUCCAACAAGCUUGGGUACAGGAUAUCAAUCAAGUACUUGACACACAGAGGGACUUCUUAAAUGCAUUACAGUCUCCUAUAGAGUAUCAGCGCAAAGAAAGCAGCAGCUCAGCUGUAAUGAGACCCCAGACCAGCCGGGCACCUCAGCCCAUCACCAGACCCUAUUCCUCAGGCCCUGUAGGAUCUGAUAAAACUUCGAAGGCUACACUGCGCAACCCAUCUCUUCCACCUCUGAAGAUAUCUACCUCCAAUGGUAACACAGGGCAUGAACAGCACCAGCCUGGGGACAAAUAUGAACAGAGCAAGAAUGACUUGGGGGGGUGCAAUGGAACCUCUUCUAUGGUGGUCAUCAAAGAUUACUAUGCAUUAAAGGAGAAUGAAAUCUCUGUCAACCAGGGUGAAGUGGUCCAAGUACUUGCCAUUAACCAGCAGAACAUGUUCCUUGUGUACCAGCCUGCCAAUGACCACUCACCAGCAGCGGAAGGAUGGAUCCCAGGGAAUAUCUUGGCUCCCCUCACUAAAUCAACUACAGAUAAUAGCGACGGAAGCAUAAAGAAGUCAUGUUCAUGGCAUACCCUGCGCAUGAGAAAGCGGGCGGAAAAGGAGAGCAGUGGCAAAACUGAAGCCAAUGGCCUACGUAAACCCAAGGAUAUUCUGAGCAACAAAGUCUCUGUUAAAGAGACAAACAGUUCAGAAGAGUCAGAAUGUGAUGACCUUGACCCCAACACUAGCAUGGAGAUCAUCAACCCAAACUUCAUCCAGGAAGUUGCUCCUGAGUUUCUCGUGCCCUUAGUGGAUAUCACUUGCUUGCUUGGAGACACUGUAAUGUUGCAAUGCAAAGUCUGCGGGCGGCCCAAACCAACCAUCACCUGGAAAGGACCGGAUCAAAACAUGCUUGACAAUGACAGCAGCACAGCUGCGGUUACAGUGACCUCCUGUGAAUCAGGUGACAUUACCCUGAAGAUCUGCAACGUGAUGCCUCAGGACAGUGGCAUUUACACUUGCGUGGCAACAAAUGAACUUGGGACUGCAUCCACAUCAGCUACAGUCAAAGUACAAGGCGUCCCAGCUGCCCCCAGUCGGCCUAUUGCUCAGGAAAGAAGCUGCACUUCAGUGAUUCUUCGUUGGCUGCCUCCCUCCAGUACAGGAAACUGUACCAUUUCAGGCUACACAGUGGAGUACAGAGAAGAAGGCUCCCAGGUCUGGCAGCAGUCUGUUGCCUCAACUUUGGAUACCUACCUUGUCAUUGAAGAUCUCACGCCUGGCUGUCAGUAUCAGUUCCGGGUUAGCGCCAGCAAUCCCUGGGGAAUUAGCUUACCUAGUGAGGCCUCUGAGUUUGUGAAACUCCCAGAAUAUGACUCUGCAGCGGAUGGUGCCACCAUUACUUGGAAAGAGAAUUUUGAUUUUGCCUAUACAGAGCUGAAUGAAAUUGGACGGGGCCGAUUUGCUGUUGUAAAGAAAUGUAUUCAUAAAGCUACAAGGAAGGAUGUUGCAGUGAAGUUUGUCAAUAAAAAAAUGAAAAAGAAGGAGCAGGCAGCACAUGAAGCAGCCAUGUUGCAACACCUGCAACAUCCUCAGUAUAUCACCAUUCAUGACACUUAUGAGUCACCUUCUUCCUAUAUCUUAGUUUUAGAACUGAUGGACGAUGGUCGUCUCUUGGAUUACCUUAUGAAUCAUGAUGAACUCAUGGAGGAAAAAAUAGCUUUUUAUAUAAGAGAUACGAUGGAAGCUUUACAAUACCUUCACAAUUGUCGAGUUGCUCAUCUGGAUAUAAAGCCAGAAAAUUUGCUGAUUGAUUUACGGAUCCCAGUGCCACGUGUUAAGUUAAUUGACCUUGAAGAUGCUGUUCAAAUCACAGGCCAUUACCAUGUUCAUCAUCUCCUUGGAAACCCUGAAUUUGCUGCUCCAGAAGUUCUCCAAGGUGCUCCAGUUUCACUGGGCACAGAUAUCUGGAGUCUGGGAGUGCUCACCUAUGUCAUGCUGAGUGGUGUUUCUCCCUUUCUGGAUGAAAGUAGGGAGGAGACAUGCAUCAAUGUCUGCCGAGUAGAUUUCAGCUUUCCCAAUGAGUACUUUUGUGAUGUAAGCCAUGCUGCCAAAGAUUUCAUCAAUGUAAUCCUUCAGGAAGACUUCAGAAGGAGACCUACUGCAGCCACUUGCUUGCAGCAUCCAUGGCUGCAGUUUCAUAAUGGCAGCUAUUCCAAAAUACCUCUGGAUACCUCACGCCUGGCUAGCUUCAUCGAACGCCGCAAACACCAAUUUGAUGUGCGCCCAAUUCCCAAUGUUAAGAGCUUCAUUAUGAGCAGAAUGAACCCAGGAACGUAACACAGUAACAACUACUUUGAUGAUAAUGGAGCACUACAGCAGGUGAAAAUGGAGAAAACAGAUUCUCUGCCCCUCUUCCUCUCUGUACAGAGUAUUACAUUUGAUGUGAUGUUGAGGAAAGUAUGUGUACUGUUUCAGCAGUUACAUUAUCUAACUAGUUAGAAUUAGAUGCUUUCUCAGGUUGCCUGUGAAGCGUCUUGGGUGGCUUGUUGUAAUUACACGGUCAUGUUAAAUACAGAUGGAUGCUUAAAAGAGCAUCAGUUGAGAAUACAGUAGGAACCAAAAUACAGUUACCAUAUUUCUGAAAGAUUUGAAGAUCUUUCAACCAUCCGAAAGAUCUAGACAGAUUUGCUGAUUACAUGAAUAGUUAAAUGAUGUAUCUGAAAAUCAAUCAAAACUGAAGAAUAAAACUAGGUGACUAUCUACAGUCAGCAUUUCUUAAACAAACUGGACUGGAUAAAUCUUGGAUUCGGUGAAAAUUGUUAUCCUUGAAGUGUUAAUUAAGGAUCAGAGCUCCCCUACAAGGCAGAUUUCAUUAAUCUUCAACUAGAAUUAAUCUUGUGGUAAGAUUGCUGUUCUUGGGAUUCACAGUAACGGUUUUGCCAAUGAAGUGAUAGAUACGUUGUAUUGAUCAAGAUUAUAGCAGUCCUUUGCCAAUAAGUCUUCUUGGGAUGCUACACAUUCUUUUGUUCAAGAUUAACAUACUAUAAAGUAGCAACGUGCUACUGCUAAGAUAGUAAAGUCAUUGAGACAACGAGAAAAACAUUUAGACGA